AAUUGUAUUUACAUAUGUUGGCAUUAUCCAAUAUUCAUGGUCAAAGUUGACAUGGAGGUGAUCCUUGCAUUAAAAAUGGAAGAAAAAAUGUGGUUAGUUGUAAAAGAUCCAAAUAUAUGAAAAAGUGAACAGCCAAAUAUUCAUGUUAGCUAGUGGCAAAUGGCACAAGGGGGAAGUCAAUUGCAGGCCUAAGUGAAUAUAUAAGAUUCACAUUCACCAACCAUAUUAUUUGAAUACUAAAAAAACCCCAAAAUGUCAAUGAAGUAAAGAGCUCGAGAGCUAGCUACCAUGAGCCAUUGCAGGCCUUAAUAUAUAAUUGUCUGCUCAAAUAUGAUAACUUUAACAGGAAGCCAGUUGACUUGGCUGCAAACUUCUUAUAUAUGCACAAUAUUUUGAGAAAAAGAGAGACCACAAUUUUGGUAGAGUUUUCAAAGAUAUUGAGAGAAUGCCAGAUAUGGGGAAGGCAAGCAGAUGGAUCAGAAACUUUCUGAUGGGAAAAAAGGAGAAGGAUAAUGAGGGUUCGGUUUCUGCAGCGAGUUUAGGGACCUCGCCUGCGAUUGUGCCAUCGUCUUCAAAGGUGAAAAGGAGAUGGAGCUUCAAGAGAUCUUCAAGCUCGGACAGCAUGACUCAUAACAGCAUUAGAUCCUUCGACUCGGCCCUCACUGCUCAGCUCAAAGCUCAGGCCUCAUUGUUGGAGUUUGAGAUUCUGCAAAACCAUGCCAAAGCCUUUCUGGCAGCAAGAAAUGAGGCUGCUAAAACAGCUGCUGUUGAAGUGGAAGCUGCCAUUAGGAUUCAAGCUGCUUUUCGAUCUUAUCUGGCAAGGAAGGCGUUACGAGCUCUAAGGAGCUUGGUGAAGCUACAAGCACUUGUGAGGGGUCAUCAGGUGCGAAAACAGACAGCUGAUAUGAUCAGGUGCUUGCACUCUUUGAUGGCGAUUCAGUUAAGAGCCCGAGUUCAACGGGCUCAUAUAGCUGAUGAAACUGAACUUUCCUUCAAAAAAUGGCCAAUUCACAAAGAUUCAGCUCCAAGAAGUCAGCUAAUCAAUAGAACCUCUAAUACUGAAUAUAUGAGUAGCCAUGAAAAAGAGAGUAUAUCCAGGAGAAGAAGCCUGCACAAAAACCAUGGACAUGGUGGACCAAAUGGAAAUGGAUUGACAAGCUCUCAACCUGGGAGGCAUUCUAUCUCGGAAAGAGAGCAUCAAAGGCUUCAAAGCAUAUGUCCAAGUCCCUCAACAUUUAGUGAAAUCAGUACAAUAACAUUUGACAGGCCAUUGGAGGAGUUAUCUGACAGAUUGUCACAGAGAGGUCUCUUGCAAAGUCCCAAGCCUGGAAGGACAAAACAACCCAUUCCACGAUCAGAAAGUAUGAAUUAUAUGUUUCCUGAUUCCCAAUAUGCAAGAAGUUACAUGUCCAAUACCGAAUCCUCAAGAGCAAAGGCUAGAUCACAGAGUGAGCCAAGGCAAAGACCCAAGUGGGGCAUUAAGAAAAAGCAUAUCAGAACACCAUCGGUUGAAGGCUUACAACACGAAUCUGAGAUAGAAGGUACACCUUCCAAUAUGUAGGGAUGUAACGAUGAUUUUAUCAUAUAAUCAGUGAUAGUCACAUAGUACCAUAGAAGGAAAGACAGAAAAACAAAUCUACCAUCAGCUUUAAGCUGUUCAUUAAUGACUCCGAAGGAUGCUAACAUUAGAAAAAAA